AUGGGAAAUAUGAGUUGGCAUGUAAGAACAAGAUCCAAAGCUGCAGGAAGAAAACAUGAUCGAGAGUCUUCUCAGCCAGUUGAACCUGUGGUUGCUCAGCAGCCCAGUGAUGAACAACCUCAACUAGAGGAACCACCAACUGAGAGUCAGGAUAUUAUACCUGCUCAGGACAUUGAUGAUGAAGGAGCACCUUCAGUUCACGGGCCUGAUGUGGAAACUGAUCAACAGGAACUGACCCUGUUGAAGACUGUGGAUGAGCCUGGAGAAGGUCCUGAUGUCGAGGAAGAGAUUCUACCACAUCUAGAGCCCAUUAAAAUGCCAGAAGCAGGUAAAGGACAACCACAAAUUUUCAAGCAUGCUGUCCUUACGGUGGAAAUUUGAGAGUUAAUCUCUGAAUAAAGUUUUACA